CAACACACCACGCAGCCCCCUGCCUCCCCCGCCAUACGUAAACAUAUUACUCCGUCUGCACAAGAUUCACGAACGCGCUGCACAACCCACCUCAAUUUUCCAUUCCCUCCUCGCUCUCACCCAUCCCCCCCCCACACCUCAGCCUUCCUGCAUCGGAUCCUCGACCACGAGCAGAUAUCGCGACCAAGCGCUGAGUGGCUUCAGUUCCGGCCUUUUGUGAAGAUACCUGUGGCGAGGAUUUCUUCUUCCCCACACGGUCUAAAAGAUGGUAGAAGGGGAACCGAACUCUCCAACAUGGAAGUUCACACAGUCAGUAACUUCCUCCACCCCUCCCUCCUUUGGCGGGAGGCACAUUUGAGCGUAUGCGCUACAUGUCCUACCUCAAACUGUGCUUCUGGCAGAUACACGCAUGCGACUAUAGUGCUGACCCCUCAUUAGAUGUUUUGGAGACAAGGGCGAUGUUGAAGAUAUCACAGAGGGUUAGUUUACCGCCUUGGAUGGGGUGGACAGAGGCUUCCUUCCCCACCGCAUCUGAACUGACAUCGUUCACGACAACUUUUAAGAGCAAAGCUAAUGUGUUGGGAACAGCGGAUAUCAUAUCAACCGUCGAAUUUGACCACACCGGAAAUUAUCUUGCCACUGGAGACAAAGGAGGGAGAGUAGUUUUAUUCGAGCGAAAUGAGACAGUACGUUGAACGAUAGUAUAAUCAAGGACCGAUAGGGUUUCUACAAGCACGGAGCUAAUGCAUUAUACAGAAAAAGACGUGCGAGUAUAAAUUCCACACCGAAUUCCAAUCUCACGAGCCUGAAUUCGAUUACCUCAAGUCUCUCGAAAUAGAAGAAAAGAUAAACAAGAUCAAGUGGUGCAAACGACAGAAUGCAUCCCACUACCUCCUUUCAACCAACGAUAAGACAAUCAAGUUAUGGAAAGUUUUUGAAAAGUCAUUGAAGGUGGUUGCGGAAAACAAUCUCUCUCAUGACUUGACACCCGGAAAUGUCCCUGGCGCUGGGGGAGUUCGUCCGAUGCACAAUGUUCAUUUCUCAAGUGCCCACGAUCUCAAAUUACCUCGCCUCACCCAUCACGAUACUGUCGUCGCUGCCGUUCCUCGAAGAACCUAUGCCAACGCCCACGCAUAUCACAUCAACAGCAUCUCUGUGAACAGUGACGGGGAGACGUUCAUUAGUAGUGAUGACUUGCGGAUAAAUCUCUGGAAUCUAAAUAUUCAAGAUCAAAGUUUCAACAUUGUUGAUAUCAAACCAGCCAACAUGGAGGAACUGACCGAAGUUAUUACAGCCGCGGAAUUUCACCCACAGAGCUGCAAUUGGUUUAUGUAUGCUAGUUCGAAAGGUACCAUCAAACUAGCAGAUAUGAGAGAGAGUGCUCUGUGUGACCAGCAUGCGAAGCGUAAGUUGCUCUGCUCUCUUUAAGAAUCACGUCUACUAACAUAGCCCCAAGAAUUUGAGCAAGAAGAAGACCCAUCGGCAAGAUCAUUUUUCUCAGAAAUCAUUUCUUCAAUUUCUGACGUCCGAUUCUCUCACGAUGGACGAUAUAUUCUUUCGCGUGAUUAUUUGACAGUCAAGAUCUGGGACGUGAACAUGGAACGCCAACCAGUCAAGACGAUUCCGAUCCAUGAGCACCUUCGCCCUCGUCUUUGCGACACGUACGAAAAUGACAGCAUCUUUGACAAGUUCGAGGUUGUCUUUUCGGGAGAUGCAAAGAAUGUUAUGACAGGUAGUUACAACAACAACUUCAUGAUCUAUCCCUCGGACCCAGAGAAGGAGGUUGAGGUUGUUUUGCAAGCCGACAAAUCCGCAUUCAAGGCUAAGAAGGUCGGUGUGCCCACUCCUAUCAAUGCUUCGACAAGCCCUACAGCUACGAACGGUAAGAAGGGCAAUUCCAGAGCUAAUAGCCCAGCGGCUGGGGUUACGGGCCAAGGCGGGCGAAUGCGCAAGGAAACUGAUGCCGAUCAAAUUGACUUCAACAAGAAGAUUUUACAUAUGAGCUGGCAUCCGUUCGAAGACAGCAUCGCGAUCGCAGCUACCAACAACGUGAGUCCACAAUUCCAUGUGUGAGAGAAAAGUGGAUUAUGCACUAACCAUCUCUAGCUUUUCGUCUUCUCCGCGUUGUAGAGACUUUGAUUUCUGUUAGGAAUGGAGUCUCUUGGUCAUGUUCUAUCAGCGCUUCCGUGCUUGGCUAGCUACGACAUUCAUGAAUUUCACUUCCCGCCAUACCACAAAUUUUGCUAGUCAUGAGAAACGAAUACUGCAUCAUUGAUGAUAGACAGCGAUACAGUUCUUGCGGAAGUCCGUAGUCAGCGUGGAUAAUCGGAGGAUGGUAGUCGUUAUUGGCCAGCUGGGAGGAUGUCCCAUAUUCUGGCAAGCAUGUUUUGCUGUUGAUGAUGGAGCUCGGAGUUGUGCUGUGGGAAAGGUAUUCAUGACUUCGGGUGGGUUCCCAGCGAUCAAGUAGACUAGUCACCUCGCAGAUGAAUAAUGCAAAAGAGAUUCGAG